AACGGCCAUUCGAAAGGCAGCACCUUAGACACGCCAAGUACAUUCACUGCGAGCACCUGACAGAUCGCAUCGACAUUGACCACACAAUGGCACGCCAGCGCAACCGCCCAGCCUUCGGCGCUACAGAAAACUGGUUCAACCAGUUCGCUGGAUUCACAUACGACCCUACUUCCGGGCUGCGUAGCAACUUCGACCGCCUCGCUGCCCAGCGCCAGUGGGGACAUAAGCUGAAGAACACCCGCUGGGUACAGUGCCAGAUUUCUGAAUUUGGUCGUCUCUACGGGAAUGAUGACGACGUCAGCAAAUUGGAGAAAUGGCAGGAGUUGUGCCGAGAGGUGCAUGUCCAGGAAGUGCCGUCGAGCAUCACGCAAUGCAAGAAGGUUCUGGGAGGUCGCAACAUGCUUGUCAAUCUUGUGAAUCUCAUCGACCACCGCUUGGUCGGAGAGAAGGUCAUUCGCUUCAAGAGCUACAAGGCUUUUGUUGAGUACACGAGUGACGGCAGGAAAUUCCCACUGAGAAAGGCGAAGGAGGAGGGCUUCAUCAGGGCUCUCUUGAGGAAGCUUUGAAAUGUCUGUCUGUUGGGGUUUAUUCUAUGCAAUGAAAACAAUCGCGAGACUGCCAACAUAGAUUUAUUUGGGACCAUAGACUCAGCUGCUGCUGUUGCCACCAAGUUAGAAAAUACAGCCAACCGUUUGAAGUGUCC